AUGGAGCUUUUCCUUGAGAAAAACGUCCCCUACACCAUCAUCACGAUGGUCAUCGUCUUCUUCGGAUGGAAAUCCGUCAACCCGGCGACCUGUCCGAGAUUCUUCUCCAUGAGAAUGUUCGCCUACACGAUCCUCAACUUCCUGUGUCACCUGUACUUGACAAGCGGCCUCCCCCAUUGCUUCGAAGCCUACAAAGUUCUCAUCGAAAACCACCCAGGUGAAUUUUUGUGAAGCUUGAGAGACAAUUUGACCCGUUGAAAGUCUUUCCUUAUCGGAAAGUGAAAAAAAAUCAUUUUUUUUAUCCAGUAGAAGUUUUUUCCUUUUUUUUCAAUAAGAAGAACUCCCUAUAACCUUUUCGAAAAAAAUAAUCAAUAAAAAAAAGUAUUUAGGAACUCCAGAGUGUUCCCUUCAGGGGCAACUUUUGGAACUUGUAUAGGGGCUUCUCUAGGGACCACUCUACCAAUCCCGAAAGGAGCACUAAAGUUUGCAAAAGUGGUCACUAUAGGGGACUUACUAGUCGAUAAUUCUUAUGAACUCUAUGCGAAAAACUAAAUAUAACGUUUUUCGAAUGAAAUUACUCAAGCUUUAGGGGCUAAGGGGUCAUACUUUGAACCUUCCUAGGGAUCACCUUGAUUUUACACCUAUAGGGACCACUUUUUCGGUCCCUAUGAGGGUUGUUUUUCUCCUUAACCCCUAUAGGAACCACUUUGGAAUUCCUGAUUUUUUUUAAGUUCCCCUGUGAUCAUCUCCUUCUCCGAGAAAUGGAAAGAUGAUGAAUCUUUGAUUUUUUGAAAAAAAUAAACAUUUAUAUUGUUUGUAAAGACUUUUUAGAGUAAAACGUAAAACCCUCAAAAUAGCGAGAAAAAGUUUCAUAUGGUUCCAUGGUUUCGAAGCGAAAAGUUCUGCUAAUUUCAGCGAAAACGUACCCGCUUCUCUUCACGAUAUUUCUGAUCUUCUACAUCAAGACAAUCCUCGAAGAAGUGACCAGGAGCCGCCACGGAUUCUUCAGCCGCAGGAUCUUGAAGAUCAGCUGCGUCUACUGGACCUUCGCCCUCAUCUGCGUCGGUGUUACCAACCUUUUCGUCGUCAAAAAGCUCAUGUGA